CAUGGCGGACGUCGACGCGGUGUUACUUCAUGGAAAACCGCUGGAAUCAUGUAAAGUCCGCGACCUCAAAGACGAACUGAAACGAAGAGGAUUAUCGUGCACCGGGGCAAAAGCGACCUUACGCGACCGUCUCAAAGAAGUCUUGAGCAGGGAGGUGGAUGGGAACGAAAUAGUUAGUAGUACUGUUAGUCUAGCUGCUGAGGCCGGCGAGGAGAAGACGGUAGACGGCGAUGAUCACGUGGACACAGGACAGCACGAGGUACCACAAGACACCAAGCAAACAGACCAAAUUAGAACGACUGGAAUUGGUAACGGGACAGAACAAACAGAUGAGAUAGACAAGAAGGGCGUGUCUUGCAGUUCUGUUGUGGAGAAGGAGGAGGAGAAGGAGGAGAGAGAGGUCAAUCAGUCAGACAGUGUUGGAGAUCAUGCUGAAGAGAUGGAUAAUUCGGGAGAGGAAGGGAAAGCUCGACUGUCUGUUCCGGAUCAAAGAAUUAAGGGUCCCAGAUCUCCAGGUGCCGAUGCUAGUGAGAUUGCUAUGGAAACCAUGAUUGUGCAACCUGGAGCACGUAAACGUCGUUUGGUUAUACACAAAAGCUCGAAACGAGAUACAGAUCAUACGGUGGAAAUGCCUAAGAAAAAGCGAGCCUGGGGUGUCUCUAAUACUGACAAACCUCAGGUAGCAUCUGUACAGAUUAGCACCGACUCGCUAAAGGAGAUUAUACCCGAUGAUGUGGCGAGUGCUGUGGAGAAGGUAGCUGAUGGCGAAGAGAGUGACACCAGUAAUGACGCCGAAGACAACGAUAACAGACGAUCUAGAGAAGGGGCCGGUGCCAGACGGUCACUAUCUCAAGGAGACGUGGAUGUUUCAGAAAGACCGUCACGACAGAAGAUUAGUCUAAGACAGCAAAGACUAUCAGGAUCAGCUCCUGGGGCAGCUAGGAUAGCUGCACGAGGGAUAACAGAGGCAAUUGCAAGCACCCAAGAUGUGAAUCGUACCCGCCGCACUCCCUCACCAGCCCGAAACCCUCUAUCUUGUAUUCUGCACGUAACCAAUCUUGUUCGACCGUUUUCGUUACCUCAAAUUAAGGAGUUCCUCACUCAAAAGGGUCAACUAGAAAACGAUGGCUUUUGGAUCGACAAGAUCAAGUCACAUUGCUACGCUAUGUAUACUAACCAGGAGGAAGCUCAGGCUAUGAGAGAGGUCAUGCACGGAUUGAAAUGGCCGAUCACGAGCCCCAAGUUUUUAUCAGUUGAUUUUGCCACGAGGGAAGAAUUAAAUCGAGCAAUGGGUAUUGCAGACACUCCAACCGUCCCACCGCCAGUAACAAUAACAGAGGAAUCGAGCAAAGAUACAAAAGGUGGCCUUGCAGAGACUAGCCCUGUUGUGCCCAACAUGACAGACACUCAACGCCAAGUGGUGGAAGAGACAGAAGCUCCCAGACCGGACAGCGCAUCAGCAGCCAAAUUACUCGACAAUUUGUUCAGAAAGACAAAAACUCAACCGGCCAUCUACUGGAUUCCUCUAACCGACGAACAGGUUUUAUUGCGAAACAAGAAGCGUAAAGAAGAGGAAGCGCGGGUACAGCGGCUACGAGAGGAGCGGCAACGAGAGCGCGAAAAGGAGCGAGAAAACGAGCGCGUAGAGCAGCAAAGCAGACGAAACAGAAACCGCGAGGGCGACAGAGACCGUCGGGAUCAUCAAACCCGUAGCGGGACCUUUGACAGAGACAGACGUCGGUCUAGGUCGCGUAGUAAUGACAGAAGCCGUCGGCGAUAGGCACAAAACGCAACAUGAACAAAUGGUGGAUGUGGAUAACAAUGGAUGAUAACUUCUAGGGGCUGUGCAUCUAAUAGCUUGAUUCUCUCAACAAGGUUGCUUUUAGUUCAUCUGUAUUAUGUAAUCGGUAACACCGUCA